AUGACAUCAAAUGAUAUUCGGUUGUAUCGUGUACGUGGUACCCAUUAUAAAUGUGCCCGAGACAUUGGUAUUGCAUGUCGAGAACUAAUAAAAAAACGUAUCGAAAAUGAUCGACUUUAUUUGACACCAAUGUUUAAUUUCGUUCGAACGAUAGAUGGUCUCAAAUUGCAUCAAGGUUUCAUUGAAAUUAUUCGCAAGACGUUUCCAUGGUAUUGGGAUGAAAUUCUUGGUCUGGCCGAUGGUUCCGAAAUUCCAUUGGAACAACUACUUGUGCUUAAUUUCGAAAAUGAAACGCAAACGGCUUAUCGUCUUUAUGAAGCAGAGCAGAUGAAUCAUCAACAAGAAGACGAAGAGAGUGGUGCAAAAGGCUGCAGUACAGUACUUAUCAAUCGACUUGAUACAAAUACUCUUUCAUUAGUACAUAAUGAAGACAACACGGCCGGGCUCUAUGAUACUGGUUAUCUCAUCGAAGCUGAUAUCAAAUCGAGUCCAUAUGAUAAUGGUAGUAGACAUAGUCCGAACGAAAGAUUUAUUGCCUAUUGUUAUGCUGGUGUCAUUCCAGGUAUUGCAUUUGGUGCAAACAUGCAUGGGUUAUUGGUUUCAGGUACAAUAUGUGUUGCUUUAAACUAUCUUAAUCAUUUCAAUCACUAUGAACGAUCUGACGGAUCAAUUGUCGAACGAGAACCACUUCUAUGGAGUCGAUAUCGUGCUCGACGUGCACUUGAAAUCGGUGAAAUACAUACUGUUAAAGAUGCACUAUAUCUAUUGGGCGAUAGAGUCGAUGAAAAGUAUCCGAUCUUCUUCAUAGGUGGAACCACCGAGAUCAAUUUGGCAACACUUUGCACGGCUCAUUUUAACUUUCAUACUCGUCAGCUUAGCAUCUACCGAAAUAAUCCAAAAGACAAUAGUGAACCACAGUUAAUAUUUAAUCUUGAUGAUUUAUUAAAAAAUGAAUUCAUUACCAACAUAUGA